UUUUACUUUUGUGCAUUUCAGCCUAAGCACGAGAAGGCAGUCAUUCGUCGGAAAGGUCAAGUACGUGAAAUGCGACAAGCUACAUCGAACUAUGGCGGUGAAUCUACUGGUAUUAGAGCCAACACUAGUCGGAGUGUUCGGUUAAAAAACUAAACUUUUAGUUGCUAUUGUAAGGGCAAACAAGAUUAUAAGCUGCUUAUUUCUGUGACUUCCUUUCAAGAUCUUCAGAGGGUCUCCCGGUGCAACCUUGGAGUUACCCAUUUUACGAGGAUAUUUAGAGUGUACCUUUCAGCUGCUGGAUAUGAACAACCAGUUUUGCGCAGUCUGAACCGGUUGUACCAUUCUGUGAAACGGCUGGUAUAGAGCUUGUGGUACCUUGCGAGUGGCAUGGUCAGCUUUACCUCCCCUACCAGCACCACCCUUUCGCGCAACUGCAAGCGCAAUGAAGUGCACACUGCUUUACCAUGUGUCCCUUCCAGUCCAUCAUCAUAUGAUUUGCUUGGUCUAAUGUGGGCUCCCUGUAAAUGAAAUUCUGAUAAGUUCCAUGUCUAGAUACCGGUGAGCUCGGUUGGCCUCUUCAUUCACGCCAGUUUCUAAUGAAGUCUAAGUCAAUCUCUAUCUCUCUUGUGUCACUUUGAUUCAGGUCCAGUAAAGCGGGAUUUUCCAUGUGAAUCCCACAGACAAUGUGGAGUCUCUGUCAGUGAUCCUUACUUUAUUUCAUGAUCUGGUCAAGGAAUAGGAGUUACCCAACUAGCACAAAGUAUGGCCUCAAUCAAAAGCACAUCUUCAGCCAAAAGUGGAGAACCUUAAGCUCUCUUCAUUGGUGCCAUUCCAGUCCAGGCGAUAGGAAAUGUAAGAUUACUGAUCGUCAUGGACGGGUUUUGAGGCUGCAACUCUGGGAUGUGAAUUUACUAAUGGAGUAAGAUUGGCAAGCUCGCGUUCAGUUUCCUACGCACGCUAGACGUGCGUAAAGGUCACUUUGAAGCAUGACUCAGAUUAGAUAGUCCUGCAAGCUUCCAGGAAACAAAUCUGCGACAUGAUCGCACAACUGUUGAAAAGAAGAAUUGGACCUCAGUCUCAACUCAGAUUGUGUUGCACGUUGAGCCGAUUGAUGAAGAUUGAGUUCACAUCAAAUUUCGGUUGAGAUGGUUCAAGUGAAGCUCGUAACAUCUCUCUUUUUCACGGCCUUCGUAUCAUUGACUUAUCGUGGAUUUCCCAGUUCAAAGUCACGUCAAUUGGCUCCAAUGUGAGGCUAAGGAACUAUUAUUGUCUUCAAUAUUGAGUUGCUGAUCCUCGAACCUAAAUUGAAUUCUAGAGAGUUGCAGAUUCUCUGGAGUCUUUGAAUAUGCAUCGAUGCAAAGUUGGGAGGAUUCAAUGUGGAACUGUUACAUUCUGACAAUCCACAUUGAGGGAGGGAUUAAACAACUUUCCUGCGAGAGAACUUUUUUUUUGUGAAAAUAGUUUAGAACGUUGGAAGCUAGUCCGAAGGUGUUGAGCGCGCAGGCAUAAUAUAAUGCCUGAGAAUGAUGUAAUGGAGACAAGAGGUGAUUAUUAGGGCCUGUGGUCACUGAUAGACACGCGUUUAGAACAAUACCUCUCAUAGGAAGUUCCAGCAUUAAACUUCAAAUAUUUUGCUGGGUGCAGAAUAGUACUUUUCUGUCAAUCAUCUCUUAAUCUCAGAUCAUGCACAGAUAGAGUGGAACAAAAGAUAAGAAAACUAUGCUUUUGUUGACGUCGUCAGCCACGUAGAAUCGUCAAAGAUCGUGUGGGCAUCAGGCGUCGAUUGGUGAAAUAGAUUCCAUUCGAAGGAAGCAGCUCCAGAAGCUACAUCAGUGCUGGUCACUGUGGCUAGGAUUUUGAAUGAAUUGCCCAGAGUUAAUCACGGAAUCCGGACAUGCGGAAUGCCAUAACAGUGUAGCCACAGUUCAAGUUUGUAAGAAAUAGAGCAAAUUAGCUGACAGGUUUUUCUGCUCACUAAUCACCGAGUGGCAGCCUAAUACCGCUUGAAAAAAUAGUAACAGAAACUAUUAUCGCAACUGAAAAUGGUGGCAAAAUGCACACCGUAAUCGAGACUGAUGUUUAAAUUAGUUUUUGAGCUGGAUUGUAAUGUUGCAUAUUUUUCUAAACAUGGUCAACAUGUGGAAUGAACCGUUUUCGUCAAGUCUAACUUCCAAAGGAUUCCAAGCAUGUCUGCAAUGGCCACGCAUAUAAAACUGAACUUUAAGUCUUGCAGUCAACAGCACUACAGUAACGUGGUCCACAGAUAAUCACCAAGAGUCAUUGAAAUCCGGGCUUAGGAUGGAAUCGUGGAUCGUCAAGGCCAUCAGCUGCUUCCAGCUUCGAUAAUUGGCCACUCUAUUCACAGAAUUGGGCAACACUAGUCACAAGCGAGGGGGUAGCCCGGGGAAGAUUCUAACUGUAAACUCACAAAGUUAGAAGUUCCACAAUCCAAUUUUGCAUCCAAGCAUCUGUUAGUUUUUUAUGCUGUAACGAUCCAAACCGUUUUAAACCGGAAAUAACGUACCCACCUCCAACUGCUGUUCCUGCACCUGUUCAAACUUAACCGGUGGAUAAAACUAGGGAGACUCAAUUUUUUCUGUUUUCUUUUUUAUUUAACAGUUUGUUUGUGCUUCUAAAGUUGGCAACAGUGGAAGGAUGCACAACGAAAGAUUGCGAACAUGGGGCAUGAUUGUUUCCUCGUUUUGUGGCCUUACGAGCUGCGCUCGCCUCCUCUUCGGCACCAUUUUAUUAUUUGCUUGUUCCCGGCAACUUUUGUCGAUCACAAGCGCCCACGAGCAUUGUGGCGGAAUAAACGAUGCGAAGCUGCUUCGAAUCUCACCUCGUUUGCAACACCAGCGACUUCAAAUUUUAAUUGAGGGGAAACACUGGGUUGAGCUAGUGAUCGCUAAUAAGUAGAGCGAGUGAUGGUUGAGAAAUACUGUUCGUUUCAAUGGAGUGAUGCCUUGGAAACCACCAGCCCUUAUUUGCCUGCAUGGAUCCGCUCCAAUAGCUCGAGAACAAGUAGAGAAAAUUCCAUUCUUCUGAGGUUUAUGUGUUAAAUCCUUUCACCCAAUGGGCCGUGUUAAGGUUUCAUUCACAUGUCCCUUCGAAUUGAAGGUUUUGUGACUUUUGUGUGUGUAAUAUCAUGGGUACAUUUGGUACACUUGAUCUGGAUAUUAAAUUAGAAAUUUCUGGAAAGAACAAUGAUUAAUUUAUUUUGUUUAGUGGAAUGUAGUGUUGAAAGGUACAUUGCAUUUAUCAUGGUAUCAAGCAGGCGGUGAGGAAGAGAAAAGAGUUUUUGUUGAAGGCCAAUAUUUUUCCAAAUAGAUUUUUAUUCUAAUUGUUGAAAUUUUUUACACCUACAGUGAUGGAACUUUGAUGGGUCUAAUAGUCAAAGACAUGCCUAAAUCUAUGAAGCAAUGAGGAACACCUGAUUUUUUUUGUAUAGAGUUACAAAAUCAAGAUGGUUUUGUUAUUAAAGGUUCUGUGAGAGCAUAUCCAAGUUCUAUCGAAAAACUCUGGCGUAAGAAGAUUCAUAGGAUAUUCAUGAGAUACCCAGAUUAUUGAAAAUAAAUUAAUACACCCAUUGACCACCACACCCAAUUAAGGAACAAGAGUAACUUCAUAUUACCAAAGGAUCUUGACAAUAAUUUCAUUCCUUAAAAUUUAGAAAUAAAGUCAAGAAAAAUGUAUGAUGUUGAAUUCUGUAGUGUUCUGAAGAAUUGAUACACUUAUCUGUUAUAUAAAAUAGCAUAUAAAAACAUAAAGAUGCCUUCUCGUUGGUUGAACAUGAAUGGAGGGAAUGGAUGGUUGGAUCGAUGCUGGUGCGGCAAGCCAGGCUCCUGAUAUCUUGCGUCCAAGAUCCCUGGGACCCUGCCGACUGCCCUCGUUGCCUGCGGUGCGUCGAUGUCCAGGUCGCUGCCCCUCUUCCCGAUCCCAGAGGACAAGGAAUCACGGAGAAUGAACAAUGCGCAGGGAGUUGCGGUUGGAGCGAGAAUGAUUGACGGGGGCGAGAGAGUGUCUGUUCGUGGCGGGUUCCUGGUUAUCAUCUGCCUGUAGAACCGUCGGGAGGGACAUGCGAAAUGAGCUCCCAUUUCCCAGGAGAUCAACACGUGGAUCCGAAAUUCUUCCCCGUUAUUUGCGACGACUCUAGAUCCCUUUUCCGUAUAGGGAAGCACAAAUAAAGAGCCAUCUCAUUGGGGAUAAGUAGACGCCCCGAUGCAUAACUUUGGGAAAGAGGAGUGAACUUGAAGGGAUCCCCACAGUUUGAGUCAAAUCACAAGGCACCCACAUUCGGAGAUCGUCGUCUAUUAUUGUUGCUAAUCCUCGGCAGAAACAAUCUAAGUUUGGGAUUGUGAGUGCGUCGAGUGCGACAGCCUCGUGUGUGAGAUUUGUGCCUGUUGGGUGUGGUGGUCAAUGGCAACUGGCCACAUUAUGCAUCAGCGGGAGGUGCACCAGCAAGAGUGGCCUGCAAUGGCGAGCUGGGCUGCGCCUGGUGCGCAGGUGUGCGGGGGCAACACGUGGAGCAAGAGAAUGGCGAUGAAUGCCCCGGACAAUGAGUCCUGGGAGGUGCGCGCGUUCGCGGAGGACACUUGCUGCAGCGGAGCACAAUGGCCACCUCGCUCAUACUCUUGCAGUUUCUGUGGGAGGGAGUUUCGCACCGCGCAAGCGCUCGGUGGUCACAUGAAUGUGCAUCGCAGAGAGCGAGUGCACGCGAACCAGCUCGCUCAGCUCCGCAAUGCUGCCAAUGCCUCCUCACAAUCUCUUCGUGGCUCCUUGUCGGCGUCGUCGAAGGUAGGAUGUAACGAUGCGGAAGUUGCAGAGCUAUCGUGGGCCCAAUGCUACUCGAAGCCACGAUCGGCGUCGUCGGCUCCGUUGCCUCUCUCCGCACCCUCCCACACCGCGGACUUUUUAACUUCAAAAUCGGUGGACGCGUUCAUGCCCGGAGCGAAUCGAAUGAUCUCUGGUUCAGUCGUUUUCCCCUCCUCGCCUUCAGAGAAAUCAAUCUCCUCCAGCUCGUAUGAGAGGAUUCCGGACCUUGGCACCAAGCCUCUGCUCCAGAGCAUGCCAGAUUUUGUUCGUGAAGCUUUGUCCCAUUCAAGUGGGUGUCAUCCAAGUGAGAAAUCAUGGUGGAACUCCGGCUCUAAUGUGAACUUUGAAAAAAAUCCCCUACGCUUGAAUAAAGUGAUGGGGGAGCAAGAGGACAAGUUGGACCUUGAGCUCCGCCUCGGCCAAAGCUCAUGUGCUGUUUAAUUCUCCUCAAGCUUGGUGCUUCUACACAGAUUGCGCAAGCACUGCAGUCACCGGAGACAGUGCUCAUGAAAGAUCGAUCAGGUUUCAGAAACUUCUCCGGAGAAGUCAACACCACUCUCUUCGACUCGUAAAUCGUCUUCCCAAUGGACCACGUCCCAUUGCGGUCAAAAAUAUUUUAUGCCUUCAGCACGAUUUGGCCAGUUUUUUGCAUCAGUUUUGCAGGGUUCAGUACUUCGACGUACUGGAGUGAAUUAGUCACCGAGUGCAUCAGUCAGUGUUGUACGAUUUGAUUACAGAAAGGAAGAGAACGCACGUAAGUGGCUGCUUAGUGACGAACUUAAGGAGCAAAAGUGAAAUUGCGAAGCCGCUUAGCUUAAGUGUUCCGCCUUGCUCCGGCCAUGACUGUGGCUGGUGAACGUAGCUCAUCAGAAUAUUUGAUGGAACCAGUUGUUUUAUAGGAGAAGUUCCGUUUGAAAGUAACUCCCUACAUCACUUACUCACGUAGGCAAAUAGAUACAUGAUUUGAGCAUCUAUUAAAAUUAAUGUCACACUGGGUGUGCAACCUCAUUCAAAAUAACUUCAUCUGCACCGAUGAUCUUUAAACCAAUGGUCGCCGAUUUCGGCCAAUCCUACCAUGCACUUGUCUCAGCCAAGUAUUUACGUAUCACUUAUGGUGAUGGGCAGAGUUCUCCGUCCUGUGUGUGUACAUUUUAAGGAUUUUUGUCUGGAAAGAAUGUGCAUAGCUUUGAUGUAGUGCUCUGAGGACCGAUCCAAGCGACAAAAGAAGGCUCAUAAAAAAAACAAAUUCUGUUCUCCGUUAGAAAAAGGCUCAUUCACUCAACCGCAAGAGCUGGUCUAUUGGCUGAUUUUGUGCGCACAGCCUAGUUGUGUCAACUAAGUCUAUAUGAGAAGGUGCAAUCCAUGAUUCAACAAUAAAUGGUGUUCACCUGUGUAGCAAAUGUCCCUUGUAGAGCCUGAAUUGUUGUGUUGAAUGGAGAAUUUGAUGACGAGUAGAUAUGCUCUCGGAAGAACAACAUAUGUUGUGAUAAAAUCUGGGGGUACGAACAAGGCAACCAACUCAUCGGAAGAGCGCGAAAAGAUCAUGAUUCGUAAGAUCGACGUUACUUCUUACCCAUUUCUACCGCUAUACAUUCAUGUAUUUUCCACUGCCGUUCUAGCUCACUAAAGUAGUCUGUUAUUGUGAACACAAAACAUGCAUGACCCAGACAGAUUCUUUUCGAAGUGAAGGCAACAUGGCGGAUUCUGUUGAAUGAAAUUUAAAACCCUAAUCAACACAGGAGCGUAACUGAAGGCCAUGUUUAAACCAGAUUUGAAUGUAAUCUUUGAAUGGCACAACCCAAAGAAAUUCCCAACAAAAUACUGGAAUUUGAAUUGAAGAACGCAAGCAUACCU